CGGAGUAUAAAAAGCCACAGCUCCAACACCGUUGAGCGCCAACAUGAGUACUGACGAUCAGCAAGGUGAAGAGAGCCACAAUAAAUCUCGUCUUCACGUUAGGAUACUGUCAGGGCCAGCGGAGAUAAUGGCCAGUGGGGCCACCUCUUCAAGUAGCACCCAUCAGGAUCCGUCUGAUGCAACGAGAGGUGAAUCUGCCCAGGCUCCCAAGUGCAAAGAGGAGCCUUCCAGUGGAUCGACGAGCAACUCGGGCAAACGACCGGAACGGUUAUCCCUCAAACUUCCCCGACGACUGCAGUGGGUGUCCGCCAACUGGACGUGGUCCAAGUGGAAGCCAGCCCUGCGCAGUGCCGUAUCAGCAUGGGUUUGCCUCAUCAUAUUUGUUAUUCCGACCAUGGAGAACGUGUUGGGUCAGGCCAGCUUUCUCAUCCUCAUCGCGUCAUUCCUGUCCGCGCCAAGUGACCCUUUUGUCGCCGUAAUCGAACGUGAGUGUAUAAUCCUCCUGCUUGUAGGUUUGGGUUGGGCAUGGUUGUGUCUCGCUCUCAAGUUGGCAGAUCUUGCUAGAACUAUACAUGUAAUCAAUCCCACCACAACAAGUGUUGUAAGCGGUCAAUACCUUCAAACUGCGCCAAAUAUCAUCAUAGCUGUAUUCUUUUUCUUUGGGAGUGUUUUCUAUAUGUAUGUCAAAGCUCGCCAAGGUCCAGGACCGUUUCUUCUUGCGUGUAUACUGGGUUGCAUCGGGAUGGAUAUCUUGUUCGCCACCGGCGUUCUUUAUCCGUAUCCUUAUUAUAGCCUUGGUAAAAUUAUCAUGGUUCCACUUGCUUUCCACUCCGCUGUCGCUCUAUCAACUUCGAUCCUUGUCUUCCCGUCUUCGAUUUCCUCUCUUUUCACAGCUCGUCUCCAAGGGGUGCUUUUAUCUCUAGCAGACGCUAUCAAAGAACAUCGCGAGCAUCUUGUUGCAGAUGUAACAUCCCCCAGUUUUUCGGCUGCUCCGAUUACUGCCGCUGUUGAUAAAGCAGAAGGGGUGUUGGGCCAACUUGCCGCGGCUUGCCGCCUGUUAAAAUUGGACGUCAUAUACUGUCGUAUUGCUCCCACGGACUAUGGUGAAAUGCAUCAGUUGGCUAGGCGCUUGGUGAUCGUGGCCAAUGGGCUAGGUGUCUACUACACACUUAUCGACCCCACAAGAGAACGGUUUCCCGUUACUCCUGCGCAGUCGAAUCCUGGUACCCCUUCGGUAAACACGCCCGCGCCAUCGCGGCCCUCAUCUCCUGACCUAUCGCGCCCACAUACCCGCGAAGGCACUUCUGGUGAUGUCACUCAUAAACGCUCUCGCCGUCCGGGCUCAGCUCAUCUGUCUUGCAACUCGUCGCCACACCUUUUCCACCGACAUUCUUACAAGCAUAGUCCUCACCACUCUCAUCACGGUAUUCUUCACAAUAGUCUCCUCCACCUUGCUGCGCCUCGCAUCCCUAGGACGGAAUCAGCUGUUGGAGUAUUUGAAUCAUAUCGAUAUCUCAACCUGGAGGCGACGCGCUUCUCACAUCCGGAAUCUGAAAGAUACAUAGCGAGUUCUACACAGCUCCUGAGCGCGAGCUGUCAUGACUUGCUCAUUAUCUGCGAAGCUAUCCUUCGCGAGUCGUGUGAAUGGCUUGCUCACAUUCGAGAGCAUCGCUUUGACUUUUGGGUGAACCCAGAGGAGAAAGACCGGAUUCGGAAUGACCGUGUCCAAAAGUUUGAGGGCCUUUUGCGUAAACUCUCGCAGGAAUUGGAUGAGUUCACCGUGAAGAAGAGGCUCCUGGUGCUGGAACCUUAUCGUCGGAUGUUCGACUCUGAUAGCGAUCGUGACGGUGUUCCUCCACAUAGAUAUCUCUUUCAUUGUUACGUCUAUCAAUACCACCUGAUGCGAUUUGCUUCUACCCUUCAGGGACUGCUCGAGGAGAAUAUAAGGCUCGACAGGCAGAGAAAGCACCCUAAAUUCUGGUUUCCGUCGUUGAAACUUUCAAAGUUUGCCUUUUGGUCGACGGGGGAACCCCCUGAGGACGCCGACGGGAAUGACGAUGAAAAUCCCGAGACCAUCCCGGGCAUAGCCCUCUCAGGUGCGACGGACCUUGGUCGAGCAGUCCGCAGAGACCCAGAUGCGCUUCCUCCUCGAAAUGCACUAGAAGCGGUUGCGGGUCAUUUGUAUCGCAUGAUUGCUGGUUUAGGUGGCGGCAAUGCGUUGUUUGCGAUCAAAGGAGGUGUGCUCUCAGUGAUACUGAUGUUGCCUGUUCUUCUAAAAUCGUCCGCAGAGUUUGCGUACAUGGAGAAACUCAUAUGGGCAAUAGUCAUGGCACAGACCACUCUCGCUCGGUUUCACGGCGACACAGUUUUUGGCGUCGUGACUCGAAUCUUCAGCACCUUCGUUGGCGGCUUAUUAGGCACCAUUAUAUGGUACAUAUCGACUGGGUCUGGCAGUGGGAACCCGUACGGUCUGGUUGCUCUUUGCUUCGUCUGCUUCCCGUUUUUCUUUUUUGUUAGGCUUUACUGGCCUGUGCAACCUAUGACAAGUAUUCUCAUAUUUGUCACUGCUGGUUUGGUGAUCGGGUAUUCGUACCAAGAUACUCACUUGAUCACUCCAUCCUCCCCUGGUCUGGGCAUUGAUGUUGCAUGGAGACGUUUUGUACUAGUGGCUAUCGGAGUGCUCUGCGCUGGUGCAUUUUCUCUUCUACCUCCAAGUACAACGAUCCGGUCGUACCAGCGGAGAGCUCUGGCUACUACUGUAGCAGAGCUUGGUUCGACAUAUUGUUCUGUCAUUUCCUUCACCAGCACACGACGGGAAGACGAUAUAACUUCAAUCGUUCAGAGCCUACUUGCCAUUCGGAGCAAGCUGAAGCGAUCGAUGGCGGGCAAGGCGAACGUGAUAUAUGAGUUCUCUCUCCGAGGAAAAUGGCCCUCAAGGAGGUACCAGAAGAUACUUGACAUUCAAUUACAAUUGUCGUACCUGUUAUCCGAUCUGCUUUCAGUGGUUAACCAGUUGGAUCCCUCAUGGGCACGAGCAUUUUUAAAGCGUACACGUUUACUGGACCCCGACUUUCAGGGAGACGUGCUGGCUGUCAUUAGCUUGAUUUCAACAUCUCUGCGGACUGGAAAUCCACUGCCCCAAGUGACGCCUUGUCCACUUCUUGACCGCUUCAUGGAGGGAUCGCAGGGGUUUAAUGUUAUCCUCCAAGAGUCAGAAGACGACUUCGGGUUACCGAAAAAUCUAACCCUCGACACGCUAGAGAGCCUGCAGUACAUGAUAUUCUGUGUUGGUGUCUCUACUGCAUUUGCAAUUGUGACCCGGCUGGACCGACUGAUGAUCACAACCAAAGAAUUGGUUGGUGAACAGUAUCACAUCGAUGGCAUCGGACUACCGUUACACUAUCGACAUAGGCCUACUGGCAUAGAGAUGAGAUCUCCGACACUUUCUCUCCGGUAGUCCUGAGCAGGUUUCAUUUCCUCAAAAAAUUCCCUCGCUUCUAACCAGCUCAGGCUGCGAUGCUUGUUGAUACGAGUUAACUCGUUCAUGUUAUGUAGUACUCACUUCAGACAACGGGGACUGCAAAUAUUGUGGAGUAUGUGUACUCGUGGUGAUCAGAUCGAAGGCGAUCUCGUGCUUGGAUGUUGCACGGAUUUAAAUUUUUACCAGGAGA